AGACCAAGUCAGCAAAGAAGACAGGUCUCCCAGAUUGACUCUGCGAAAUUUCAAUAAUUUGUGCGUUUCCAAGUUCUGCUAUUUCUUAUAUUUAUCAAUCUUCGAAGCUUUUAGUCCGCACUAAUCGAGUGAAGUGUAUAUCAUCAUAAUUGCGCCCGAAAAUCAGUGCGUUUCGUGGAAGUCCGUCUGGUACCGAUGAUCCACCUCAAUAUCCGGCCCAAUUUUUUGAUUAACGGUUUUUGCAGAAAUAUUAUCUUUCAUCACCUUCGGUAGUUUGAUUUUAGUGAAGCGUCAUCGUCUAAUUAUCCCCAGAAGCAAUUCUACUUGGAUGAACAUGUUGAACCGGUGAUGUGUCCCUUCAAACUUCCUUAACCCCAAUAUUUUAUUAUUGUGAUAACUGCCUCGAUACACACCAAAUAUAACUAAACCUCAACAACUAACAAAAUGGGAGGACAAAAAUUUCAGUACGAUGAAAGUGGUGGAACAUUCUUUUACUUCCUUAUCUCAUUUUUAGCUCUUCUUCUCAUUCCUGGAACCUACUGUUGGUGGCCCAGCGCAGACAAGGAAGACUCCAGGCGAGGAGAAGCAGAAUGCCGUUGUGAUGGGUGUAAAAAGAAAAAACAACUUCGGAGAUCCAGUGAUUCCUGGAAAGGAAUCAAACGAUUGUUUAUAAAAUUAAUUCUUCUAGCAGGCUGGGUUGCAUUAGGCUACUUAACAUAUAGAGUGUUUCAAUUUGACUAUGAAUAUGCAAAUUUUGAUCCCUAUGAUAUUCUUGGUGUCAAGAUGGGUGCCAAAGAAAGUGAAAUCAAGAAAGCGUACAGGAAGUUGACCCUAAUUUACCAUCCGGAUAAAGAAACAGGAGAUGAGAAAGCCUUCAUGAAGUUAACAAAGGCUUAUCAGGCUCUGACGGAUGAUGAAUCACGUCGUAAUUGGGAAAAAUACGGAAACCCUGAUGGACCUGGUGCCAUGAGUUUUGGUAUUGCUUUGCCCUCGUGGAUUGUUGAGAAGGAGAACUCCAUAUGGGUCCUUGGGCUCUAUGCCCUCGUAUUUAUGGUUGCCCUGCCCACCAUCGUGGGAAUGUGGUGGUAUAAAUCCAUCAGAUAUUCGAGUAAUCAAGUUCUGUUAGAAACAAUUAGAACGUAUUAUGCAUUUAUACCACUCACACCUUUUAUGCAACUGAAGAGAGUUAUCAUGCUUAUCGGUGCAUCCUACGAAUUUGAGCGAAGGUUCAACAGUGAGAUUGUUGAGCGAGAAUCUGAUAACUAUGAAGUGCCAAAACUGAUGAAGCAAAUUGAAAAUUUAGGAGAAAAGAAUCGAGAAAGGCCACUAUGUUACAAAUACUCUAUCAAAGCCAGAGCUCUCAUUCAUGCACACCUUUCCAGAAUUCCUCUGAAUCCAGAAACACUGGACAGAGAUCGUAUGUAUGUGAUCAAGAAGUGUCCAGCACUGAUCAAUGAAAUGAUCAAUUGUGUCGUUCAACUAAUAAAAUUCUCAUAUUAUUCUGGCGGAGAGUCAAAAUUCAUUUACAUCGAAACAGUAGAAAAUUGUAUGAAACUUUCUCCCAUGAUUGUUCAAGCACUGUGGGAACAUAAAAGCCCUCUUUUACAGUUGCCUUAUGUCACAGAGGAUACUCUUCGUUGUUUCAAUAAUAAUAAGAGACAAAUUAGAACCUUAAUUCAGCUCGCCAGACUGAAAAACGAGGAUAGACGAAACAUGUUCCGCUUCUUGACAGAUGAAGAGUACGAAGAUGUCAUGAAAGUGCUAGGAAGAAUGCCUUACUUAGAUUUUUCAGUUAAAUCUGAAGUAAUCGAUGAUGAUACAUCCACUGUUUAUACUGCUGGUGCAACUGUAACUGUUACUUGCACCUUAUGGCGUAGGAAUAUGUCAAUUUUAUUCGGUGAUGAGAAAGGUGAAAAAGUCGAAACUUAUGAAGAUAAGAACAAUGCUAAAUUAGCUGCAGAGAAAGUAGCUGCACAACAAAAACCAGGGAAGAAAGCGGGUAAAGGCAAACAAAGAAAUGAGAGGAAACUCAUCAAAGAGCAAAUUCAUGCCAAUGCCAAGAAAUCAAAUAGUGCUGCUUCCACCAAGUCGAAAGAAUCAACAGGAUCAAUGAUUCUCAAUGAAACACCAGAACAUACCUCUAGUGAAAAAAGCAACGUGGGGAAUGGGAAUAUAAGCAAGACUCAGGAUACGAAUUCAGAAGAUGAUGAUGAUGACUGGGAAAAAUUCCAAACCGGUGCAAAUAAACGUGACAAAGCACUUGAAGGAAGAAGUAAAGUCUCUCACUCGGUACACUGUCCGUACUUCCCUGAGGACAAGCAAGAGUAUUGGUGGGUGUACAUCACUGAUAGAAAAAGUAGGAGUUUACUCACCGCUGUUUAUCAUGUAACAGAACUGGUGGAAAAAGAAGAAAUUCAGCUCAAAUUCACAGCACCUAAAUGGAAAGGAGUCUAUACUUUCACUGUUUGUGUUCGCUCAGACUCAUACCUAGGAUUUGAUCAAAUGCAUGACAUCAAGUUGGAUGUGCAAGAGGCCCCAGAAGUGCCAACUGAGCAUCCUCAAUGGCAGAUUUCUGAUGAUGAGGAAGAAAGCAAGGAUGACGGGAACAGCAGUGAUGGCUCUGAAUUUACGACAGACGAGGAUGUGGAUGAAGAAGAUCUAAACAUUGAUCCAAAUUAGUUCUUUUCAAUUUGUUUAUUUAUUGUUGUCAAUGUAGGGGCACGUAUACAUGUCUACUUAUUUAAUAUUGGAAGAGUUCCUUUAUGUCUCCAAAGUUUCAGGGUGUUCUGGCUCAAGAAAAUUUAGCCAAAUCAGAUUUAAACUAGAAGGAAUUGGUGAAUUUUAGUAGAAUUGCGAAUCAAAAGGCUCCCUGAAAAUUUGAACUUCAGAAACUCAUCGUACAAAAGCUGACAGAGGCUGUAUCUACUUGCUUUUAUGACACUACCUGAAUGAACUUAGACACAGUUUGUUUGCCAUAACAAUUUGGAAUAGCCCAUAACAAUCGUAUUUUGUUCGGAUUCAGUUUCUAUUAAAGGAGCGUAGGUGAAUCUUCAGCUGUAGUUCAGAAAAAUCCACCAUGUCGCGCUGCUAAAAUCUGGCUCUGAAAUCAGUGAUUAUUUAAAUAUCACGAUAGAUAUAUUAAAUUCUAAGCCUCAUAAGUUCUAGCAGCAUACGUCUGGAAUGCCUAGAAACAAACGCGAGCUUUGAGAGUUAAAUAAUAAAAGCCAUAACUUAAUCCCAGUUUCUCUUAUGGGACAUCUGUAAGUGCGAGAGAGAUAUCUGCAACUGCUGAGAGCGAUCAAUCGCGAUUGGUUGCAUCAAGGUCAUCAUGCUUAACCCUACUUUUUUCUAGGAUCAAGUUUCAGAGCUUCAGAAAUUACUUUUCACGUCUUUUCUAGUGUCAAUAGCAAGAAGGAUGUUAUGGCUAGAACUUAUGACUCUUUGAUUGUAACAGAAAUUCCUUAAACUUUCAUAAAAGCUCAAGGACUCACGUGGGGCUGUACGGACUCUAAUAGCGUGGACCAAAGAAUCAAAACAUAGCAGUGGCGCUUCCUGCGCGGAAAAAAUUCUUACUAUGCACCGCUGAAGAUUCACCUUAAUCUGGCAAGGUAAUUGUCACGAAACAAUUACACUGCUCUCAAAACACUUCCUAGCAAAAGUGUAACACUUGUUAACAGGACCUCUAACCUCACUUCUAGAUUUUUCAUUAGUCGUGAAAAAGUGAUGCAAAUAAAACAAAAUCUUCAACAGAAAACAAUUGUUUUGGUGACCAAAAUAUGUCUCUUUAUUUGAAUGAACUCUGAAAUCCAUCAUCUUCAAAAGUACCAAGUGGAGUCCCUUGACCCUAUUCCCAGCAACCAUGACAACUGUGGCACCUCAUUAUUUUGUAAUGUAAAACCUCCAUUUUUUAGUAACUUGUGUCGGGGUGGUAAUGAGAUUAAUAGCGAUGAAUAACACUGAAAUAAUUCGGCUGAAAUUUUCAAAACGGAAAAACGGAGUUGAGAUUACUUGAAUAAGUCACUCACUUGAAAGUUUGGCUCCAGCUCCAACUUUAAAUAAAAGGUCUGAUAUUGUUUUUCAAUGAAAGAUCAUACAGGUAAGUUUCAUUUGGGGCUCAUUUUUUCUUUAGGUUUGAUGCCUGCAGCUCAUUAAUGUAAAGCAUUGAGGAAACUUUGCCACAUCAAAAAGUAUUUUUCUUGUUUAUUCAGCAGGUAGCUUUACAGCACUCAAAAGUAGCUAUGGUCUCUGCCAUCUUGAAAACAACAGUUAAUAUUAAAGGAUUGGUGGAACUUGAUAAAUUAAAUUGAUUGUCAAUUGUUUUCUGUCAAAUUGUAUUGAUUGUAUUUAGUAAAUAGAACACUAAAAGACCAAUUUUUUUUUAAUAAAAAGAGGAAAAUUCAAUUUCUUUUUCAGAAAUUAAAGGGCUUAAUACUUGGAAUUUUCCGUUUCUUCUUCCAUCAGUCUCUUAAAAGCCUAGAUUUAUUGCAACCUCAAUGACAGUGAGAUUUAAUGGUUUCUUCUGUAAAAACUCAUCUGGCCCUAUUUUUUGCAUUAAGUAGGUAUGAUUAAGCUGGCUGUGAAAAUGCAUUAAUUUUCCAUUUUAUUCACUUAACUGCUCUCUUUGUUGCUUCACUCAGUGCAGCUCUCACCUCAAAAAUCCCAUUGUGAAAUUAAAUGUGAAGGAAAAAAAAAUCUCUAACUUUUUGUCAAUCUUAGAUUUGGUCAGUUAGAGCUACUAAUCUGCUGCCUUUAAGAAAAUAACACUUUUAUUUCAUUUUUUCAUCAAAAUCAUGUUUACGCACAAAAAUCACCAUGAUCAGCAAAUGUUAUCUUGAAACAUUUCACGUCUUGGUUUCAUUCUGUAGUCUGUUUUAAAGAAUUUUGUGUCGUCACUUUUGCCGAAAUCGUUUAUCAAUAAUCAAAUUCUUUCUUAAGUCCUGAAAUCUUGGGAGGUGUACUGUAUUUAUUUAUUCUUUAUUUUUAUAAAAUCCUUUGCAAUUUUCAAUGGAAAAUUCCGCAGAUAUCCUGGCAAGUUCUGGAGUGUGAGAUAACAUACCUCAUUACAAACCUAAUUACAACUGUCAUGAUGUCCACUGAUUUUUUUUUUUUUUUUUUCAUUAUUAAUUGUAAAUUCUGCUAAAUACUUCUAGUCGUAAAAGUCAUCCUUGGAAGUUGUUACUUUACUUGAUGUUCAUCAGUAUCAAAGAUUACGAAAAACUUUAAGAUAUCUCUUUAGAAAAGGAAGAUAAAUGAAAGGUUAAUUAAAGCGACAAAAAGCACAACCAAUUGAUUUCUGUGGUUGAUCAAUUCUCAACUUAGUGAAGCAGCUUUGCCAUUUCGUUUUUAGGAUAAAUUCUGUCCUAUUUUUGAAGGAAACUGACAAAGGUUUGUCUUACGAAGUAAUUUUCAGUUGUAUAAGGCCAUUCAUCUUUGUUGUUACAACAUUUAGGUUUAAAAAGAAAAAAUAGUAGGGAAAAAUGCAUUAUUAUUUUAAAAAAUGCUUGGCUUUCAUUCAGCGACGCAUUACCUCCAGGAUUCGGCAUGUACCCAACAACAAAUACAUUCCGUUAUCUUCUUCUUCUGAAAAGAUUAUUUACCACUGUUUAUUGUUAGGUUUUUUUAUUUAUUUUUUUUUUAUUUUUAGCAAGGAUCAACGACAGAGCUGAUCAUCUUAUGUUCUCUUUUUUACCUUGUGCAUAAUGAAUUCACUGGAAAAAGCAAACGUUUCAGAAAUAUUUCAUUUCUUUUCUUUUCUUUUUAAAGUAACACACAAGUACAAGAUAGUAUUACAGCUGUUGUUCUACUCUAGUUGAGUGAAAUUUAAUUAAAUUAUGAAUCAUUGUAAAUAAAAUAAAUAUUUUUAUUAAUUUA